GCGUGUAGUGCUAAAAUGGCUGACCGACCAACUAUUGUAGAUUUGGAUCUUCCAUCGUGGACACCGCCUCCUCCUCCGGAGACGACCAAGCAGAGGUUAAUACGCAGGAUAAAAGAGAAUCCCUUCGUUCCAAUGGGGCUUUUGGGGACGGUGGCGGCGUUGACGUACGGAUUGGCGUCGUUCAAACGAGGUCGUGUGCAGAUGUCGCAGUACAUGAUGAGGGUUCGCGUUCUUGCUCAAGGAGCAACAGUACUAGCCAUUUUGAUUGGUGUCGGUCUCAGUGCUGUGAAAAGACCGAAAACAAUCAAACCUAAUUAGACAUUAGAUUUGUAAGAUAACGUAAAAGUCAUAACUCAGUGUGCAAACUUUGUUCAUUAAAUUUUGGAUGGAAAAUUGCAUCGACGACGACCUGUGACAGCAUAUAUAUUGUAACUAUCAGUUGCAGAUGUACUGUAUAUAUAAACUAAGAUAUAGACGUACUGUAUAUUUGUUGUCUAUUUUUCUGUUAGGAGUACAGUGUGUCCAUGUCUAU